AACAACAGUGUAGCAACACUGGAAAGUCAUCAAAAUACUUUUCGGCUGAUCAAUAAAACUUCUAGAACGUAUCUAGAGAGACGUAUUUAAAUACAAUUCGGCAAAGAUGGAUUUUCCACCUUGUCCAGCAUCGCUGAAAUCAAUACAGCACUUUCUCAAGUUGGCUCAGGAGCACGAUUCUCGCGAUGUCGUCAUAGCUUAUUGGGCCCGACUCUAUGCACUGCAAGUUGGACUAAAGGCAUCUUCGCAGACUGCGGAGGAGACAAAAUUGUUGCUGGCGAUUAUGGAUUGGUUGGAACAGUUGAAGAAACAGCAGGUGGACAACGAAGCCAUUACUAAUGAUAUUGCAGCACAGGCACAUAUUGAAAACUAUGCACUGAAGCUGUUUCUCUACGCCGACAAACAGGAUCGCGAGGAGAACUUUGGCAAAAACGUUGUCAAGGCGUAUUAUUCCAGCGGUGUGCUGUACGACAUAUUGCUAACCUUCGGUGAGCUGAGCGAGGAGGCAUUGCACAAUCGUAAAUACGCCAAGUAUAAGGCUGCAUACAUUCACAAUUGCCUGAAGAAUGGCGAGACUCCCAUACCGGGACCAUUUCCCGAUGAUGAAGCUGCUGAUUUUGGUGGCGAUGAGAACGGUGUUGCCCCAGCAGACAAUCCAGCCGGUGAUUCCCCGCCAGCAGAUGUACAACCCGUAGAGCCGACUCCGCCAGCGACACCAGCUGCACAUAUAACACCCCCUACAGCCGAGGAGGUGCUCAACAAUCCGAACAAAUUGCCCAGUCCACCAGUGGAGGAGGAGAAACCAGGUGGCUUUGUGCCAUAUGUGCCCACAGCACAGCAAAAUGCUGGCAUGUACAAUCCGAUUGUACCAGUUGCUGACGUCCAGAUAACUCCAGAUCAAAUGAUCCAGGCACAGAAGUAUUGCAAAUACGCGGGCAGCGCCCUCAACUAUGAUGACGUUAAAUCGGCCAUUGAAAAUCUGCAAAAGGCAUUAAAGUUGCUCAGCACAGGCUCGGAAUAAUCCUGCACUGAUGAUAUAGACAUCACAUAAUGCACACGGAGCAUAGCAAACACUCUUGACCAGAGCACAUAUUUAAUCUCAAUUAAUAUACAUAUAAACUAAACGCGACUGAUGUUAAAUAAUUGUUGAAACAUUCGAUUGAUUGAGUAUGAGUUAUUCAAAUUUAUUAAAAUUGUUGCUAAAAUGUCGUAAUU